AUGCAGUCGCACCACGACUGCUAUUCCCAUUCCGGGACGCAACAGCAUGGCUGCUCGGCCUCGGAAAACUUCAGACCAGCCAUGCCUGCACCCAACCUCCUCCCGCGCAGGGUCUUCAUCGGAGCCGUCAUCUCUUCCAAAGGCGUCAACGACCUGCGCAUCAUCGAACGCGCUAUCCUCGGCGUUGGCAGCGGGGGUGUGAUCCGCUUCGUCGAGGAUCUCGACCUGCUCGAGGCGCAAGAGAAGCUCCAACAGGCCGCUCCGAGCCCGUCCGAGACCUCGACCGCGUCCACGGCCUCGCAGGGAGAGGACCGAUCCUCGACGCCCAUCGCCAUUCCCGGCCAGGCGAGCACCGCCGGUCUGCCCGAUGCGCCGGCGCUCUCGAAACUCGAGAUGCCGCCGCCCGCCGUCGCCCAACAAUCCCAGACGGCCGGCCUCAGCGAGUCGGCCAAGCAGGAGCAGGCGCUCGUCAAGAAGGUCGUCGAGAAGCACGGCUGGAGGUACAAGCAGUACAAGCUCGUCCGCGUCCCUCCCGGCAGCUUCAUCUGCCCAGGAUUCAUCGAUACCCACACCCACGCCUGUCAGGUCCCCAACAUUGGCCUCGGCCAGCAGUAUGAGCUGCUCGACUGGCUCCAGCACGUCACCUUCCCGCGAGAGAGGCGGUUCGAGGACCCGAGGUACGCGCGGAAGACGUACGAGUCCGUCGUCCAGCGCCUCAUCGACUCGGGCACCACCACCGCGUGCUACUACGCCACGCUCCACCUCGAGGCGUCCAAGAUCCUGGCCGAGAUCUGCAACGAACGAGGCCAGCGCGCCUUUGUCGGCAAGUGCCAGAUGGACCGCAACUCGCCCAUCGACUACGUCGAGAAGAACGCCUCGACCUCGAUCGAGGACACCAAGGAGUUCAUCCGCUUCACCCGCAGCCUGCGGCCCUACGGCCAGCCGCCGGAUGUCUCGUCUCCCCGCAUGAGCCCCGCCGACGCCGUCUCUGGCAUGUCGCCGGAGAUGGACGCCAGCAUCGCCAGGCUCAGCGCCACGGUCGACGAGAUCAUGUCGCCGGGCAGCAAGCCCGCGUCCGAGUCCGGUGGCAGCCCGACAUCGCAGCGGCUUGCCCUCAAGCCAGUGGCCCGACCCGGCCCCGUGGCCCACCGCACGCCGAGCAACACGAGCAUGAGGAGCGCCAGCGGCAGCUCGACGCCGUCGCGCGUGCGGGAGCGCGAGCUGGCCAACGCGCUGGUCCAGCCCAUCCUCACGCCGCGCUUCGCCAUCAGCUGCACGGACGCGAUGCUGACGGGCAUCUCGGCGCUGCUGUCGCGCGACCCGACGCUGCGGGUCCAGACCCAUCUGAGCGAAAACGAGGGCGAGAUCACCUUUACCAAGCAGCUCUUCCCCUUUGCCAAGACCUACACGUCGGUCUACGACCACUACAGCCUGCUAGGGCCCCGGACGAUCCUCGCCCACGCCAUCCACAUCGAUUCGGAAGAGCUCGAGAUCAUCAAGAAGCGCCGCUGCGGCAUCUCGCACUGCCCCACGAGCAACCUCAACCUCCGCAGCGGCGCCUCGCGCGUCGGCGAGAUGCUCAACAUGGGCAUCAAGGUCGGCCUGGGCACCGACGUCUCCGGAGGCUUCGGCCUCGGCAUGCUGUCGGCGAUCCGGGAGGCGAGCGUCGUGGCAAAGGUGCUGGCCUUCCAAAAGGCCAGCGACGAGGAGCUGCAGCGCAAGGCGGCCGAGGACAAGCAGAGGCUCGAAAUCGACCUGCCCAACAGGAAGACGGACGAGGCCAACAUCGACGGCAGGUACCCGCGGCCGCCGGUGCAGGGCCAGUACAAGCCCCGCAAGACGCAGCCCUCGUCGCUGGCAGGGACGGGGAGCAACACGCCCGUCACCUCGACGACGGCGGCCGGCGCGACGGCCAUGUCGCAAUCGACGUCGACCGACUCGGUGUCGGCCGCCGCCACCGCACACCAGCAGCAGCAGGACGCGGCCUCGGCCACCGUCGCCGCAGCUGCGGCGGCGGCCGCCCCGGCACCGCCACCGGAGGACUUCACCAAGGGUCCCCUGACGAUCGCGACGCUCUUCUACCUGGCGACGCUCGGCGGUGCCGAGGUGUGCUCGAUGGCGUCCAAGAUUGGCAGCCUGGACCCGGGCAAGGAGUUUGACGCGCUCCUCGUCCACACGACGUCGCAGUGGGGGCCCAGCGGCUACACGGGCAACCCGGGCUGCUUUGUCGAAGAGGACGACGCGCUGGCCGACGUCUUUGAAAAGUGGCUCUUUACCGGCGACGACCGCAACAUCGGCACCGUCUUUGUGCGCGGCCGCGUCGUCGGCGGCGCUCGGCCGCUCAGGGAUUGA